AUGUCGCGUGUCCACUACAAGUUCUUCUCCAGGCUGAACUAUGAUACGGUCACCUUCGACGGCCUCUACAUCUCUCUGCAUGACCUCAAGCUCCAGAUCAUGGGCCGCGAGAAGCUGACGGCGGCCAGCUGCGACCUGCAGAUCACCAACGCCCAGACCAAAGAAGAAUACACAGAUGGUAAUGCCCUGAUUCCUAAGAACUCAUCGGUAAUUGUUAGAAGAAUCCCCGCUGGAGGAGUUAAAGUCACCAGCAAAACCUGUGUUAUAAGUCGUACCGAGCCAGUGAGUGGAACAUCAAAAGCAGUAUGUAAAAACACAAUCUCACACUUUUUUCUACACACUGCACUUAAUUCUAAACAACGUAGCCUUGUAUUAAUUUUCCAGACAUUAACUAAUUAUAUAUUCCAGUAAAACCUGGUGUAUGUUGUAAAGACAAUGUCUUUGAUUCAGCAUAGGAAAAACUGGGUAAUG